AUGGCGACAGCUAUCGCAGUUCAGCCGAGCUCUUCCAAGCCUCAUCCACAAAUAACCAUUCUCAAGCGAUCUCGAGCGGAUAUACCUCUAUCUCAAAAUAAGUUCUUGAAGAAAACUGCUAGAGGCAAAGUCCAAAAUAUAUUAAGAGAAAGAUACGUUAGAGACGAUAUUCCAUGCGGAUUUGAAGGAUGUAAUCUAUGCCACGACUUUCCAGGUUUCAGACCUGUCCUUCCAGCUAGCGGAUAUAGGGACCAUACUAAAUAUGGAAAUGGUCAUUGGCUCGUAAUCGAUACAAAUAUCGUAUUACAUCAAAUCGAUCUCUUGACAGCUCUUCCAAUUGAAUUACCUUUGAUCAUUCCUUCGACCACAAUUAGGGAAACAAGACAUAGAUCGUUGCCUCUAUACAAUCGGUUGCAGCAAUUGAUACAAGAUGAAGAAAGGUGCAUUUGGGUUUGGUGGAACGAAGAACGUAGGGAGACAGCUACUCUUCCAAAAGAAUCUGAACAAGGUGAAAAAGAAACUAUAAAUGAUCGUAAUGAUAGAGCUAUUCGACAGACAUUACAUUUCUAUCCUACACAUCUGAAUCAGUCAACAUCCAAAUUCCCCAGAUUGAUCUUGUUAACCGAUGAUCGAAGAAAUCGGGAAAUAGCUGAUGGAGAAGGAUUAAUCGCUGUUUCCGCAAGAGAUUAUGUGGAUGGAUUGACUGGUGAAGUGAGAGAAAGAUUGGUCGAUUUGGUAGUAGGCGGUGUAGAUGAGGUAUCAACCGGCGAAAAGAAAGGUAAAAGGAUUUAUCAAGAUUAUCUCCCUCAAGACACUCUACUUGCCGGUGUAAAAACUGGAAGAUACCAUCAAGGCCACUUCAAUGCUAAUCAGUACAAUUACUUGGAGGGCACCGUCAACAUUCCAGGAUUGACCAAACCUGUCUUGCUCGUAGGAAGGGAAGCAAUGAACCGAUCUGUCAACGGAGAUGUCGUAAUUGUCGAAAUCUUCCCGGAAUCACAGUGGAAAGCUCCUGGAACUGAAGUAGUCGACCAAGACGUUGCACUCCGAGAUGACGAUGCGGAUGACGACGAAUCACCUGGUCUCGCUGAGAAAGAGAGAGAGAAAGCCAAGGGCGAAAAGAUGGAUGUCGAUGAAGCGACGAAGAAAAAACCUAAAGAUAUUCUACCUACCGGUAGAGUCAUUGGUAUAGUCAAAAGGAAUUGGCGAGCAUACGUCUGCCAUCUCGACCGAUCAUCACUUUCCGACGCAGCCCUCACAUCUUUAUCUCAACAGACAGUUUUUGCUACCCCAUUGUCAACUUCUCUACCUCGUAUUCGGCUACGUACCAGACAAGCUCCUCAGCUUCUCGAUCAAAAGAUAUUGGUCACUAUCGAUUCUUGGUCAGUUAAUUCACGAUAUCCAGACGGUCAUUUCGUAAGAGCUUUAGGUAAAGUAGAAUCGAAAGAGGCAGAACAAGAAUCACUCUUAUUGGAAUACGAAGUACCAUACAGACCAUUCGGUAGAGCUAUAUUAAACUGUUUACCUGUUGAGGGAGACAAAUGGGUGGUACCUGCUAAAAAAGCUGAGAAUCUUGAAUGGCGAGAUAGAGAAGAUUUGAGGGACUUAAUCGUUUGCAGUAUUGAUCCUCCAGGAUGUCAAGAUAUUGAUGAUGCUUUACAUGCGAGGAGAUUACCAAAUGGCAAUAUCGAAGCUGGUGUUCAUAUCGCCGAUGUAUCGCAUUUCGUGCAUCCGGACAAUCCUAUGGAUCACGAAGCUGCUUCUCGAGGAACAACAGUAUAUCUUGUUGAUAAACGAAUCGACAUGUUACCCGCCUUGCUGGGUACGAACCUCUGUUCUUUGAGACCGUUUGUAGAACGAUUAGCAUUCUCAGUCAUCUGGGAAAUGAACGAAAAAGCUGAAAUUGUCAAGGUACGAUUCGUCAAAUCUGUCAUAGCAUCAAAAGAAGCUUUCACAUACGAGGCUGCGCAACUUCGAAAAGAUGACAAAUCAUUGAAGGAUCCUUUGACUGAAUCAAUUCGAUUACUUAAUACUCUCGCUGUCCAGUUGAAGGAAGGAAGAAUGAAAGCUGGAGCUUUAUCACUGUCAUCACCUGAAUUGAAGAUCCAUCUGAACUCUUCAGAGAGCACAGAGCCUAUCGACGUAGAGCAGAAACAACAAAGAGAGACGAAUAGCUUAGUCGAAGAAUUCAUGUUGUUAGCCAAUAUCAGUGUGGCCGCUAAGAUUCAGGAGACUUUCCCUGCUACUGCUGUUUUGAGACGACAUUGUCCUCCUCCCAAAACAAACUUCGAAGCCUUGCAAGAUAUCUUACAGAAGAGGAAAAAUAUGACACUUGACGUCUCCAGUUCAAAAGCUUUAGCCGAAUCGUUAGACGCUUGCGUGGAUCCGAAUGAGCCCGAGUUUAACACACUGGUCAGAAUCAUGGCUACCAGAUGUAUGCUAUCGGCCGAAUACUUCUGUUCCGGUAGCGUAUCAAGGGAGACAUACGGACAUUACGGUUUAGCCAGUCCUAUAUACACUCAUUUCACUUCGCCAAUUAGGCGUUAUGCCGAUGUCCUCGCCCAUCGACAACUAGCAGCGGCUAUCAACUACACUCCACUCCACCCUUCGCUUCAAUCCAAAUCACAUGUUGAGAAGACUCUGAGCGUGGUUAACAAGCGACACAGACUUGCUCAAAUGGCGAGUAGAGCUAGUAUUGAGUUCUACGUUGGAUUAGCACUCAAAGCAAGAGGCGAUAAAACGGGAUUAAAAGCUGGUGUUGGUGCGAGUAGGGAAGAAGCCUUUGUCAUUAGGACUUUCAAGAACGGUUUAGCAGUCUUCGUCUCGAAACUCGGUUUAGAAGGUCUUAUAACAUUCAAGAAAGAUACCCAUACCUUCGAUUCUGAAAAUUACACGAUAAAUGUACCUAAGCCUUCAGGAGGCGAAGUAGGUAUAUCUGUUUUCGAUAAAAUUACCGUGGAUAUCAGCAUCGAGAAGGAUCCAAACACCCAACGAGGUAAAGUAAAGAUGGUCAUGGUUGGACCUGUCAAUUCUGAGAACUUGUAA